GUUUUCCACGGCCCUGGUUGCUGGUGGUGUUUGGUGUUUGUUGUUGUCACAUUAAGGGGGCGAAACAAAGAAUUAACGAAGUUAUUAAAACCCCGAGCCUGUCGCAUGAGGUUACUGGGUGAGCCCCUCCCUGCCAUGAGAGCGGACCACCAGGUCACCAGCCCCCCCUCCUUCUGCAGUUGAUGGAUCUGCAGCUGGUCCAGAGAUGACAGACAGCGUCAGGGCCUUCCUCCGCAAUGUUGCGACGGGGAUCAAGGACUCCAUAUUGGGGAUUGGAACAAUCUCCAAGCUGGAUGCCCGCAUCCAGCAGAAAAGGGAAGAGCAGCGGAGGCGACGGGCCAGUGGGGCCCUGGCACAGAGACGGGCACAGAGUGAGGAGCGCAAACCGGACAAUGAACCCAAAGUAGCCAGCAGGAUUUUUCAGUGCUGUGCCUGGAAUGGAGGAGUGUUCUGGCUCAGUCUGUUUCUCUUCUACCGGGUGUUUAUCCCACUGCUACAGACUCUCACGGCAAAAAUCAUCGGUGACCCCUCCCUCCACGGCAGCGUGUGGUCCUGGUUAGAGUUCAUCCUGACCUCUGUCUUCAGCGCUCUCUGGGUUCUCCCUCUGUUCGUCCUCAGCAAGAUAGUCAACGCCAUCUGGUUCCAGGAUAUAGCUGACCUAGCAUUCGAAGUGUCUGGCUGUAAAGCUCAGCCGUUCCCCAGCGUUAGUAAGAUCAUCGCAGACAUGCUCUUCAACCUCCUCCUCCAGGCACUCUUCCUCAUUCAGGGUAUGAUCGUUAGCCUCUUCCCCAUCGACGCCAUUGGACAGAUGGUCAGCCUCCUCCACAUGUCUCUGCUCUACUCCCUGUACUGCUUCGAGUAUCGCUGGUUCAACCACGGCAUCGAGAUGCACCAACGGCUGUCCAACAUCGAGAGGAACUGGCCAUAUUACUUCGGCUUCGGUUUACCCAUGGCUCUGCUGACCGCCCUGCCCUCCUCGUACAUCAUCAGUGGCUGCUUGUUCUCCAUCCUCUUCCCUCUGUUCAUCAUCAGCGCUAAUGAGGCAAAGACACCAACAAAGCUGUACCACUUCCAGCUGCGCCUCUUCUCCCUGGUCGUGCUGAUCAGCAACAAGCUGUUCCACAAGACUGUCCACCUGCAGUCGUCCCUGACGUCGUCGGCCUCGUCGGAGAGGCUGUCCUCGCCCCACACCUCCCCGAGCCGCCAGAGGCCGCUGCCCGCCCAGUGAAGGAUCCGCUCGAAGGAGGCUGGAUGGCAGCCGGCGAGUGGCUUCCCUCGGCGUGAUUCUUCCAGAAGGAUUGCCCUUAAUGAUGAUGAUGAUGAUGAUGAUGAUGAUGAUGUGUGGUUUAAGACAAAGGGUUUACACAUUUUUAUCUGAUCUCUGGCCCUUCGGUUAUUCAUUCGCAGCACCCGCCAGACACAUUUUAAGUGUGACACAAAAAUCGACUGCCCUGUGCCUCACACUCGAAACACAUGAUAUACUCAGCUCUAGACUUCUUUUCUUUUGUGAUUUUUCUUUCGUUGUUUUCUGUUUUUUUUUUUUUUUGUAUAAUGUGCCAUUUGAGUGACUCUCCUUUAAUAAAUUACAGCACAAGAAAUCACGUAGUUUUAAUAUGUUUGCGCAAACUUGUGACUUGAGAAGGAUUUUAUUUUAUUUUUUAACUCUGAAGGGGCUCGUUUGCGUUCAGAAGCAAAGCACAGUCGUGUUUUACCGACGGCUCAAUGUUGCAAGUCACGUUCCUUCCUCACAGAUUGAAUGCUUUCUUGCACAACGGCGUGUUCCUCCGUCACGUUCUCGUGUCCUCGCAGCUCCAUUGACAACCUUGUACAGUUCUAAAGGGAGGAUUUUUUUGCUUUGUUUUUAGUAGAAUUUAAACGUCACUUCAGGAGCUGCUACACAAAAGGAACGGUGACCUUUUGAAAUGGAAAGUUACUCGUGUGUGCUGACAAAAGUGUUGCUUGAUCCUGAAUUCGAAUCUCCCUUCAGCGUCUGAUGACACCAGCAAAGGAAAAAGCUGCCUGAGCCUUUUUCAGCUGGUGUGACGGUAGCGAUAGGUGAGAUGACACUGCCAAACUGCUGCAUCUGUGUUUUGUUUCACCACCACAAUGCUAAGCUCUGUAACAAACAAAGGAGUCGUGUAGUUAACUCGUCCUAACAAACCCCCCACAAGAGAGCUGAUGCACAUAUAACUGAUCUCCAAAGACCAUCAGCUGUUUGGUUUUCCUGCUGUAUAUAAUGUUAAUACCUCCUGAAUGUUCAGAAGUCCACCACUACAACUACAAAGCAACGCCCCCCCUGACCUGACCUGACCCGACCCGUCCCUCACUCAUCGGAGCUCGUAGCUGUGGAGAGGGGCCACGAUUCUGAAACGGUGUGCAAUUAUUGUAAGAAGAGCAUAGUGUUUGUUCAGACUGAUAUUUGUGAGUGAGGUUUUGUAAAAGUAAUAAGUCUAAUUUCAAUAAAAUUGGUCAGUAUUCAAUAUUUGA